AUGAGGAUUGUGCUUGUGUUUCUUUUUGUGUUCUGUACGCUCAGCUCUCCACUUUCGAUCAAUAUAUUUGAUGUUGGCCAGGCUGACUCGCAGCUCAUAGUGUUUCCGAGUGGGUACUCCGUUUUGAUUGAUUUGGGUGAAGUCCGUGACGACCCGAACCCGACAAAUGUUUUGAAGGUGUCUGAAAAGAUCAAACAAAUACUGAACUCCACUUAUAUUGAUGUUGUUGUGUUGAGCCACGAACAUUCAGACCAUUAUGGUUAUGUCAAUAAGUCGGGUCUGUGGUACCUGUUUGAGAAACUCGAAUUCAAAACCGGCAAAUUCAUUGACAGAGACUUUGGUUCGUAUGAAGGUGAAGACAGACGGAAUUGCAAUUAUGACACGUUCAACUUCAAGGUAGUAGGCGAGUUUGAACAAAUUGCGAUGGACUGGGCUUGUUACGCGGAUAGUAUGAAAGAUAAGACCAAACUGUCUUCCCUUCGUGAAACAGCCGAAGUAUGUUCACACACUCAAAUCAAUCCACCAGACACUGAUUGUGAAGUUGAAAUAUUCACGUCAAACGGGUUUGGAGCUGUGAGAAUUGACGGGCUUUCAGUAGAAGCCAAUUAUUUGAAUGACCCACUCAAACCAAGUGAAAACGACUAUUCGAUUGGUAUAAGAGUGAAAUACGGUGAUUUUGUAUAUGUUACUUCCGGUGAUCUUGACGGUGGAUAUGCCUACAGUUAUGGCACAACGAUUAAUAAUAUUGAAACUGAAAUCAAAAACAUUGUUGGGAGUGUGGAUGUCUAUCGUGCAAAUCACCACGGAAGCAAGCACAGUUCGAGCUGGGAUUACUUGAAUGUUUUAAACCCCGUAGUGAGCAUUAUUUCUUGUGGUGAAGGCAACCCGUAUUACCACCCCGCACCUACAACUGCGUACAGACUUCACAGCGUCAGUGAAACUGUUUAUGCAACAGAAAAGUGUAACACACAAGUUUCAUACGAUAACUAUUUCGAGAUGCAAGACGAUAUAAUUAUCACAGUAGAAAGUAACUCUUCCAAAGUAUUCACGGUUGAAAACGGAAAUAAGACGUACAAGAAGGAGUUCACAAUAAAAAGCAACAAGGCUUCUCGGGAUGUCUGCGUUCGCCCAGAAGUUUCUGAUGGUUCUUUAAGUGUUUUCACACUUAUGAUCCUUGCAGUAUUUUUUGCGCUUUAA